AUGCAGCAUAUUCCCAUGGCCCUCCUGAUCCCGGCCGAUCGCCCCAUCUACCAAGUCCCUCUCUCCCACAACGAUGAAGGCAACCCGUAUGUCAGCAUGCGAGACGUUUAUGCCGUCCUCCAGUACUCCGGCGACAUUCUUAUCUUCAAGGACGAGUAUCAAAAGAGUCCCGUACUGAUCCAGGGCCCUCCUCGGUCCGGAUUCUAUGCUGUUAGUCCCUCGCUCACAACGUCCCCACGUGCCAGCCCUACUCGCUCGAGUGACGAUGGUACAAUUAUCUCUCGCAUCGCAAGUCCUUCUCCUCGCAGUACUGGUAGCUGUACUCCAUACGCCAGACCUUCUACUGUUCGUCUAUCCGGCACCAGACAUGCUGUCAGUUCCAACCAAGGACAACAGUCGCCUCAGCAGGCAGGACAGGCUCAGCCAAAUGUAGCCACCUCUCCUUCUACUGCCUUUCCACCUGCUGCCUCUCCACCUGCUGCCUCUCCUCCUACUGCAACUACCCCUACCGCUACUGUUACUGGAAGUCAUGAUUCAGCUACUUCAGGCUCUGCUUGUGGUAGUAGUCAUGGAGGAAGUCCUUAUCCUUCAGCUCCGGUCGCAGGACAGUCCCAGAGAAGAUCGCAGCGUGACGAUGAACUGAGAGGCAUGGUCUCAGAUCUCGAAGAAUGGCGCAACGAAUCGAAGGCUAGGGACUUGCAACGUUAUCAUACUGUCAGCCAGGUUCUGACCGAAACUACGUAUCUCAACCAAUGCAACCAAAAGCUUCAGCGAGAUAACCAGGAACUCCAGCAACAGCUCCAUGCCCUUCAACAAGACUACCAGGCCCUUCGCCAAGACAACCAGGCCUUUUACCAAGACAUCUAUAACUUCCGGGAAGCGAAUAAGGACCUCGUGCGGGGGAACCAUGACCUUCAACGAGAGAAUCAGACCAUCCAUCAGAAUCUUCGAGAUCUCCGGAACCUGAAUCAGCUUCGAGAGCAAGAGAUCUGCGACCUCCGGAACCAGAACGUGAACCUCCAUCAUCGUGAAGGGUCUUUUGUCUGCAUCAAUUGUGACCAAUGUCAACAAGGGGGAUCAGGCGCGGCAUCGACGGCAUCGUCGUAUUCGUCAUCGAGGUCGAUGAAUCCUCAUGGACCCAGCUCUCAUCGGCAACUAGCACAUGGGCCACCACAGAACCCGCAAGCCUUGCCUCCGUCGGGAGAGGUGAAUCAGCCUCAUAUUGGCGGAUCUUCGGCGCCCCAUCAACGAGGGCACGCUGCGAUGCACCAGUAUGAUAGGGUAGGAUUCGCUUCUGGUGCUUCAGAUACCGAGUCCCCCAUUUCGGGUACGUUGCCUACUAUGCCACCUCAGUUCAUUGAUGCCUUCGGCGAGGACGACCCCACCAGCGCUGCUGCUGCAACUCUUGUCAUGGUCUCUCAAGGUCAAAGUCGAGUUCUGGGCGAGCACGGCAGCCCCGCUGCCCGAAGAUCUUUUUCCAAUCAGUCGCUUUCUCCUGCAGCGGCGAAGGUUGCUGAGUUUGUUGAGAGUGAUAAUAUGGACCCGUACAACUCAGGCACCCGAGACUACCGAGUCCACAGUUGGGUCCAGGAAAUUGAUGAGGGCGGUUAUACACCUCACGCUGAGUAUGAGGGUGAAGAAGAAGAUGAACAGAGAGAGAGUGAGGAGGUCGAGGAAUGUAAAGAUUAUGAGCUUGAGGAGGGAGAGGUUGAGGAGGGAGAGAUUGAGGGGGGAGAGUAUGAGGAGAGUGAAGAUGAGCAGUAG